AUGCAUCAGAACGAGAGAGACUCAAGAUUACAAUCUGGAAUGAAUGUGCAUUAUCCCACUGUUAACGAGGAUAUCCAUCCUCAUCCUCUCACAUACUACUACUACAACAACAAUACUACUUCUAAUGGUGCAAACACACCGUUGCAACACUUGCUACCUCAACAGCAACAGCAACAGAUGCUUCCACAACAGCAGCAGCAGCAACAGACUAUUCCUAUCAUGCAGAUGCAACAGUACUAUCCUACUGCUGCCUCAACUACUGCUGCAACCACUAGUUCGACUUUGCCAUUGUUGGAGAGACCUCCCAGUGAAAAUGGAUUGACUCAACGUCGUUUAGAAGAUAAUAAAUCUACAAACACGUCGUCAGUAUUGAGUGGACAAUCAUUGAUGGGUUCUUUGGGGAUAGAUGGUAUGACUGCGGAUUCCAUCAGUAGAUCCACAUCUCCUGCGUUUGCUAACAAGUUAGGUCCAUCGACUUAUACAUAUCCCGGUUUCCAACAACAACAAGGACAAGGACAUAUAUUACACCCAGUUCCAACCAACAGUAGAGACACCGUUAACGUCAAUGCUGCAGUUGCAGAUGCUGCUGCUGCCACUGCCGCUGCUGCCACUGCCACUGGUCAUCCACUGGCAUUCUCUAGUACUUCACCACUGCACACUCGUGACACACUCUCUAGAGAAUCUCAUCAUAGUAACACAUUGAUUCAUUCGCCUCGACUUACUCGUGCCGAUUGGGACACGACACAGCAAAACAUGGGGAUAGUUCAAUCCUACGAUAUAGUUAACGACUCUGGCCAGCAAGUACCGAGGGUCACCACCACUAUGUGGGAGGACGAAUCCACUCUAUGUUAUCAAGUGAAAGCCAAUGGAGUCUCGGUGGUCCGUCGUGCAGAUAAUGAUAUGAUUAAUGGUACGAAAUUGUUGAAUGUGACAAAGAUGACUAGAGGGAAGCGUGAUGGGAUCUUGAAAGCUGAAAAGAUUAGACAUGUAGUGAAGAUCGGCUCCAUGCAUUUGAAAGGUGUAUGGAUUCCAUUCGAAAGAGCUUUAGUGAUGGCAGAAAGAGAACAGAUCGUUGGGCUGUUGUACCCAUUGUUUGUUAGAGACAUCGACCGGGUCCUAAGAGGAGGCGAACGUCCACCUUCUGCGACUGCGGCAAUCACAAGCACAGUUCCGGCUACCGCCUCCACUACUGCCACCGCCACAUCCCAGCCUAUUAUCAGUCGUCCAGCAUCUCGUACUGCAUAUCAACCUUCUCACACCCCAGUGAGUACUAGUACCGGCGCCCCUGUUUCUACAUCAACACAAUUGCCUAUGCAUAUGCAUAUGCCAUUGCCUUUGCCUUUGCCUUUGCCUCCAGUGUCGAUGUCUAAUGCCCAAUUGCCACUAGCUUUAUCGAUGCAAACUGCAUUGCCUCCAUCUACGUCAACUACACCACUACAUAAUAACAAUAGCAAUAGUGGGUCCAUUACUGCUUCCACUACACCAGCUCCGACGUUUUCCGCACAACAAUUACAUUUGCAACAAUUACAUACACAGCAUCUGAUGCAACAGCAACAAAUACAUCAACAACAACAACAAGUCCAACAGCAAGUCCAACAACAGCAGCAGCAACAGCAGCAACAGUAUGCUCCAUUACCACAACAGUUGACCAGAAACGUCGGACAGUUAGCAGUUGGAAUCCGUCCACCUCAACCGUCCACCAUCCAGCCUACUACAUCUACAAACUCCAGUAGUGGUAAUACCAGCAGGUAG